AUGUCUGCCUCUCAGAGUGGUACUGAGGGCCCACCCUUAACGUCGUCGGCCACGCCUACAUCGAUACCACAACCUUUCACACCCUCGUCGACAUGGUCAAAUCCAGUCAGUUCGACAUCCAGCGACCAAAGUAGCACGGCUAGUGGCAACAAUGGAAAUAAUAGUCCUGGGACUGGGGCAGGGAACGAUGGUGGAAGUCUGAACUCGUCGGCGUCGCUGUAUCUAUAUACUUUCUUAGCAACACUCAUAUUGCUACUGGGCGUUUCAGCAGCCAUCGUGUUUCGGUCUCUGAUUCUUCGAAGGCGCCACAGACGCAUGGUCGAAGAAGCUAUCCGAAAUGGCACUUGGAUCCCACCCACCAAUGGCCGGGGUAUGCGCUUUGACCCUUCGCAAAAACCUAUCAUGUACGAAGCAGCCAUGAAUAUCCAAAAAAACCGUCAUGAUUGGGAGGCAUGCAAGCCUUUCUCUGUAUCAUACACGGUUGCCGCUCAUAACCGUACACCGCCUCCUGCGCCGCCUUCCUCACAGCAGGACAAUUCAGCUAGAGCUCGCUUUCGUCGGAUAUGGUCGCACGUUGAUGCCUCCCCUCUUCCACCACCUCUUGCAUCCACAGCGCCGGACGCACCUCUAUUCCCUGAUCCUUCUGGUGGACCAUUACGGGUGUCCGUUCUGGUUGCAAUGCCAUCACAGCAUUACGGCGAACAGCAGGAUGAACUGCCCCAUCUCGAGUUUGGCACUGCAGAUAUCCCUGUUGCAUAUCCCCCAGACGACACGCGCUCGAACCCGAGCAACCAUGUCAAGAGCAUCGGCAGUUCGGCGGAUGAUAAUGUGUAG